AUGACGCAGGAUCACUCUGGACGGAAGAAACUCAGCGAGUUGCGGGUCGUGGAUCUUCGGAACGAACUCGAAAAACGAAGUCUCAACACGACGGGUGUCAAGAGCGCCCUGCUUGACCGACUUCAGACAGCGCUCCGGGAAGAAGGACUCGAUCCCGAAACUCAUGAGUUUGAGGUAACUUGAAAGAGAAAACGAACUGUUAGUUCAACAAUGGAUGCCGCGACGCCGAUCAAGUCCCGGAAAACCGGUUUGCGCGAAGAACCCGCAGAAGACGCCGAGGAACAUCUGGAUUCCUCGGAUUCCCCGCCCCAGGAGAAUAUUCCUCUCGCCAAAGAGGAUCCCGACGACGAGAUCCAGCAGCCCGAAGAAGCCGGGCUCGAGGUUCAUGCUGAAGAGAAUAAUGAAUUCGAUGAUAACGAGGACAGCAAGGUCCCCGAAGGCGACGACAAAGACGAAGCGGAAGAGAAGCUCGAGAGCGAGCCGCGCAAGAAGAACUCCGCUGGAAGCCUCGAUGGCCAGGGCGACAAGAAAGACGACGAAAAAGAGAACGACGUCGACGAAGCGAAACCCGUCGAGUCCGUGAACGUCUGGAUAUCUUGUCUGCCCCACAGCACAAAAGCCGCGGAAUUGAAGAAGUUGUGCAGCAAAUGCGGCAAAAUCAGUUCGGCAAAAAUCGUCACGAAUGCCAAGUCACCGAAGAGCGGCUGCUACGGUUACGUAACGAUGUCCACGCUAGAGGACGCCAAGAAAUGCGUCGCAGAUCUCAACGAGAGCGACUACAACGGUCAUAAACUCGCUGUUGAAAUGACGGAUCUCGACCCUGCGGGAGCACUCCGGGCUUCGGCGUCCCGGAAGAAAGCUGCCGCCAAGAAGGAAAGUGAACAGCAGAAGGAGCACCAACAACAGCAACAGCAGUCGCCCAAGAAGAAAGUCAUCUCGUUGAAGCGAGACCCGAGAGAAGAAAAAGAAGAGGGCGAAGAAGUCAUCCAGGUCGAUCUCGACCUCGAAGGCAAGGACGACGACAAGACAAAGACUCGUCGUGACAGAAGCCGUGACCGAGGCGAUGUCCGCAAGAGGCUGGGUGCCCGCAUUCCGACUUCGAGCUCGACGAAGGUCCGAGGUCGCAGCGGACGCAUUGUGUCACGCCGCGGUGGUCGCGGUAGCUUCCGAGGAAGUCGGCCCGGCGGGGAGCGGAUGCCGGCACCCCGCACCAGCGGCAGCUUCAGGGAACGUCACGAUUCCCGAGAGCGAAAACGCGAACUCGAGAGGCGACAGCGGGACGAGAUGUACCGUCUCGAACGGGAGCGGGAGAAGAUCCGCCUGGAGCGCGAGAAGCUCGCGCAGGAGAAGCUCGAGCUGCUCAAGAUCGAACGCGAUCGUCAACGAGCCGAGCGUGCGCGUAUCCAACACGAGAGAGAAGCUCUCAUGAGACGCAAGUUGGAUGUCACGCGACAGCCGAAACGAUCGUAUGAGGAGAGCCGAUCCGGGGGUUCAUCCGACUACUACAGCGGGAGUCGCAAGAAGGAAUUCGACCGGAGGAGGGACGAUUCGACUGUGGCGCCGAAACGCCCUCGCGACGACUACUCGCGAGGCUCGACGUCUUCGUACGCGAGUUCAUCCCGCGAUGUGUCUCGUUCGUCAUACGGCUCGUCGGCAGGAACCCGAAACGGUUACAGUGGCAGUGAUUAUCACGGCAGUCACCAUAACCACCACUCGUCCGGUCACCAUUCGAGUAGCAGCGGCGGUGGUGGUGGUGGAGGAGGAGGAGGCGGCGGUAGCCACUCUCGAGGGGACUACUCUUCGAGCAAUAGAGACAGUAGCGCCUCGUAUAAAUGGACAAAUCCGAAAUGGUCGUCGAGUGGUCACCAGAGCGAUUAUCAGUACCCAUCAUCGUCAUCGAAUUAUGGCACCGUGUCCCGUGGCUAUGGAUCAACGUCAUCGAGAAGAUACUAGGCUACGCUUCGACCGACCAUCGGAUGGAAUCAUCAGCGCAAGCGAGCAAGAAAGUUGCAAGCAGUGAACAAACUGUUUAUGUAUAAAGAAAAAUCAUUGAAUACGACGACGGGCUGGAUAGAGAUCCCAAGCUGUCGAGCUCCAAACGGAAGCAGAUGUGCUCGGUACGCAGACGCGUGUGUCGAUUGUGAGCGGUCGAUGGGUGAUAGCACCUCUGAGCAGCGAGAAAAUGAGAUGAACACCCACGAGAGCGCCGACGGUUGGAGCGAAAUUCGGGAAUAGUGUUUUUCCUGCAGCGAUGCAUGAUGAAUCUUCAUGAUGAAGGAAAAGUCAACCCCUACGUUAUUCAAUACGACGCAUUGUGGAGAACAAGCUCAACGGCAGGAGAGAUUGCCGAGACCGCGAAAGAAGAUCGUGGUCUCCGUUCCCGGCGACGACGACGACGACGAACUUCUCAUCAUCUAUACUACGUAAUGCUUAAUCGAAAUAAAAAAAAACAACCAACGUACUCCGCUACGAUCCAUCGUCAUCAUUGCUCAGUGACGGGUGUAGUCGACGUACUUCGUCUGUACCGCGCGAACACUUCGGAGUCCGAAGUCGAGCUUUCCUGUAGUUCGAGCCCGGCACGACCAGCGACUUCCGUGGGAUCACAGAACUCUCCGCUCGACAUGGCAGUCAACGCUUCUGCAGUAAGUCAACCGUCAAGUUGCGCCAAAUUUUCCCGAUCGCUCAAUUCACUCGGACGAGGGUAAGUAUCGCGUUGGAACUCAGGACCCGCCGU